UUCAGGGUUUUAUACACGGAGCAUCUGUUCUUCUUCAGACAAUUUCUCUUCAAUCCGUUUCCCCAUUUCCAAGCGCAGAGGUAUCGGAGACCGUCUCAAUGUGGGCACUUCGACGAGCUUCGGUUUCCAUCAGGAAGCAAGGAUUGAACCACAUUACUGCCCAACUUUGCUUUGCCACACAAGAGAUAUCAAGUUGUUGCUUUAAAGACUACUAUGACACUGGAGUUAAUGGGACUGCUAAUAGAGAUAUAUCUGUAGUGACAUUUCAUAAAAUGGCACCAUUCAAGGGAAGCUUAUGUUUCUCUUCACAAGCUGGCUCAGACAGCAGCGGAGAGGAUGAUGAUGACUUGGACGUAUUUUCUGGGCUUAAUUCUUCCUCCAUCACUUCAGAAUCUGGUUCAAUUCAAGAGGGCAAUUCAGACAAUGAUAAUGAUUCAGUCUCUGAGUCAGAAACAUCUGAUGAGGAUGUGGAAGGCUUAUUAGACACUGAGGUGAGCACAACAAAGGUCACAAAAACAGGUGCUUCUUCAAAAAUAUUGAAGUCUCUUUUGGUUGCAUCACCACUGACUGUUAGCCGUGUCAUGGAUGAAUGGAUUGAACAAGGAAAAGAGUUGACGAGAGCAGACAUAUUAAUGAUCUUGCGUGAACUUCGCAAGAGGAAUAUGUAUGGGAAAGCAUUGAAGCUGUCAGAGUGGUUGGAGUCAUCAAAGCAUACUGAAUUAACGGAUGUGAUUUGUGCUUCUCGAGUUGAUUUAAUUGCCAAAGUCCGUGGUCUAAAUCAGGCAGAAGCUUAUAUAGAAAAAAUCCCACAACCAUUGAGAAGCGAAAUUGUUUAUCGCGCUCUCUUGGCAAAUUGUGUUUCUGCAUACAACCUGAAAAAAUCAGAAAGCGUGUUCAACAAAAUAAAAGACCUCAAGUUCCCCAUUUCAUGCUUCACUUGCAACCAGCUGCUCCUGCUAUACAAGAGGACAGACAAAUCAAAAAUUUCAGAUGUUCUUUUACUGAUGGAGAAGGAAAACGUGAAACCAAACACAUUCACUUACAAAAUCUUGAUAGAUGCCAAGGGCCAGCGUGACGACAUUGCUGGAAUGGAAGAGAUCGUUGACAUGAUGAAGAAGGAUGGAGUAGAGCCUGACAUGGGUACCAAACGACUCCUUGCCAGGACGUAUAUCUACAGGGGUCUAAAAAAUAAAGCAGAUGUUGUGAUGAAAGACAUGGAAAACGACCUCACAGAAGGAAAGUAUUGGGCAUAUACAAAUUUGCUCCCACUGUACGCAAUCCUUGGGAAUGCUGAUGAGGUCAGCAGGAUCUGGCAACUGUGUGAACCCAACCCCUGUUUGGAACAAUGCAUUGCUGCCAUUGAAGCCUGGGGAAGGCUUAAAAACAUUGAGAAGGCAGAAGAAGUAUUCGAAACGAUGAUAAAGAAAUACCCCAACAUCUCUUCAAAGUAUUACUCCCCUCUGUUAAACGCAUACGCGAAUAAUAAGAUGUUGACCAAGGGGAAGGACUUGGUGAAGCGGAUGAGAGAUAAUGGGUGCCACAUAGGCAUAUCCACUUGGAACUCACUUGUGAAGCUUUACAUUGAAGCCGGAGAGUUGGGAACAGCUGAAUCAAUACUAAUGAAGGCAUCGGAGCAGAACGGGAUGAAGCCGAUGCUGAAAUCUUACAUUGUCAUCAUUGAGGAGUAUGCUAAAAAGGGGAACGUCCAUAGUUGUGAGAAGAUUUUCUUAAAGAUGAGACAGGGAGGGUUCUCGUCCCUUUAUUGGCUGUACCAAACACUAGUGCGGGCCUAUGCUAAUGCAAAGAUUCCAGCUUAUGGGAUGAAAGAAAGGAUGAAGGGUGAUAAUGUGGUUCCAAGGAAAGAACUGCAUAUAUUGUUGCCUCAGGUUGAUCCGUUCCAAAAGACUGCUCUAUCAGAGUUAAUGGAGUAACUGAAGUCAUUGAUUGCUUGAUUAUGCACUGUAGGUAGCUGUAAGAUCCUUUUGGAUUGAAAUUUAUACAAAAAAAGUGUUAUUCAGCUAUUUUUAUGUUUAUUUAAUUAGAAACAGUGGGUUGAAGAACUACAACUACGAGCGAAACUGUUAUGGAUUUGUCCAUUCAUUACACCUGUAAUGCCUCUCGCUUGUCUUUAAUUCGUACGGAUACUACAUUAACAAUAUCAAAAUAAUAUGCGAUUUAAAUUCCAAG